GCUUUUAAAAAAUGAAUGCAUGAAAAUAAUUGAAUAAUCUAAGAGUCCACGUGUCACACUGAUAAAAAUCCACAGUGGAAACAGAAUCAAGCAAUAAGAUGAUACAAACACAGAUGAUUGGUUAAGACAUCAUCCAACUUAUCCAAGUGGAAAAUGUUAGAUAAGGUAAUGACUUACAAUCACACACACAACAAUCAUCAUAUUCAUAUAUCUUAACCCUUCUCAUCCAUUACUUCUUUAUUGUCAUCACAUUUUAGUUCUAGAAACAAAGAAAGAAAGUAAAAAAAAGCUGAAAUUAUGGCUUUAAUGGCUGGUUGUCAAGCUGUUUUGGAGGGAAGUCUUCAAUUGAGUGGCUCAAACAGAUUCAACAGCAGCAGCAACAAGGUAACAACACGUUCAUCAGUGUCUGUUGUUAGAGCACAACAACAACAACAGGAAAGUAGUAGCAGAAGAGCAGUGAUUGGUCUUGUUGCUACUGGUUUGGUUUCUUCUUCUUUUGUUCAAGCUGUUCUUGCUGAAGCCAUUCCUAUUAAAGUUGGUGGUCCUCCUGCACCUUCUGGUGGCCUUCCUGGAACACUGAACUCUGAUGAAGCAAGAGACCUUAAGCUACCAUUGAAAGAAAGGUUCUUCAUUCAACCAUUGACACCUACCGAGGCUGCUGCAAGAGCUAAGGAAUCAGCAAAGGAAAUUGUUGAUGCUAAGAAGUUCAUUGACCAGAAGGCCUGGCCAUAUCUUCAGAACGAUCUCCGUCUCAGGGCUGGCUAUCUUCGGUAUGACCUUAAAACUAUCAUCGCUUCAAAGCCUAAGGAUCAGAAACAAUCCCUCAAGGACCUCACCGGAAAGCUCUUUGAGGAUCUUGACAAUCUUGAUUAUGCAGCAAAACAAAAGAGCCCCUCAGAUGCAGAGAAGUACUAUGCUAUAGCUGUAUCUACUCUGAAUGAUGUUCUUAGCAAAAUUGGUUAAAUAUGAAUGAUUUCUUGCUUUCUUGUGUAAGAUUUGUCUAUGGUUUUCUAAGACACUUUAUGUUUAACUUCUAUUUGAAGAAAAUCAAAUGAGAGGAAAUUUGCUAUAA